CAUUUGCAAAGUGAGCAAUUCGCAUAUUUUUUCCUGUGGUUUCUGAUUCUCGGAGAGAUUCUCUCUCCCUCUUUCCCCUUAAAAUAUCAACCAUCUUUAAAUUUCUUAGAUCUCUUCUUUAAUACACGUCUCAAGAACUAAUUACAUUUCAUUGAAAAGAAAAGGAAGCUUUUUGGUUCUUGCACUACAAAUCGCAAGAUGACAGUUUCUUCUGCAGAUAAUUCUGUUGAUACUAGAAGUGAUCUUUCCAGACUUGCUCCAUUGGAAGCAGUAUUGUUUGAUGUUGAUGGAACUCUAUGUGAUUCAGACCCCCUUCACCAUUAUGCCUUUCGUGAGAUGCUUCAAGAGAUAAAUUUCAAUGGUGGUGUUCCAAUAACAGAGGAAUUCUUUAUUCAGAAUAUUGCUGGCAAGCAUAAUGAGGAUAUUGCUAAGCUUCUUUUUCCCAAUGAUAUUUCUCAAGGCUUAAAAUUCGUGGAUGAUAAGGAAGCCGUCUUUCGGAAAUUGGCCUCUGAAAAACUGAAUGCCAUAAAUGGCCUGUAUAAAUUGAAGAAGUGGAUUGAAGAUCGUGGACUGAAACGAGCUGCAGUUACUAAUGCACCAAGACCUAAUGCUGAACUCAUGAUUUCACUUCUUGGGCUUUCAGAAUUCUUUGAUGCUGUAAUCUUAGGAGAUGACUGUGAACACGCCAAACCACAUCCAGAACCCUACUUGAAGGCACUUGAAGUACUCAAGGUGUCAAAGGAUCACACCUUUAUAUGCGAGGAUUCUGUUUCGGGGAUAAAAGCCGGUGUAGCAGCCGGAAUGCCUGUUGUUGGUUUAACUACAAGAAAUCCAGAACAUUUACUGAUGGAAGCUAAGCCAGCAUUUCUAAUAAAGAAUUAUGAUGAUCCGAAACUGUGGACAGCCCUGGAAGAGCUUGAUAAAAAGGAAGGUGCAGAAAAACCUACUGCUUGAACGAAUUCAAUAGCAACUUCAACGACUACUGGAAUAAUUAUGUUGCAGAGGAGCAUCUGCAUCUCUUGAAGGCUAAAUAGCUGUUUUAGAUUUGAUAUCAUAUGAAUUGACAGGUCAAGGUUGAUAUCAAGUCAGUUUUGGCCAUUGAUGCAUUUCUUUAGAUUUUAUUGAAACUUGAAUAUGUAAUACUGAAAUAAUUUUGCUAAUUACUUAAAAUCUACAGUCCUUGAUUAUAUAGGCUAA